ACCAUAUCCACCUCCACUUUCACCUCCUCUUUCAUUCACCACCAUAAUCAUCAUCAUCUUCACCUUCACCUUCCAUCACCUAUCAUCGUUCUCAGUAUUUUGAACUGUACACCACCAAAAAAGGAGGAGUAGCAAUCGUUAACCUUAAUAAGAUUAACUUUCAACAACUCCUACCAAAAUUAGCCUAAGGUCAACGAGAAACAAUCAACUUUUAGUCGAGAAAUGCCAAUAGUCGGAAUUGCACUUGCAAACAUAAUACAUGUAACUGUACUGGUGAGAAUAUUUAAAUUUCAUCUUUUCGGUCAUUUCUUUCUCACAUGGACAACAAAACGACACAAAUGUGAUGCUAUGAUAACUGCUAAUGUUAAUAGCUGAAAGACUAUGUGAACCUAAAUGAUUAAUCAGUGUCAGAAUCAAUGUUUUCCUCCUUCAGCCGUUCAAAUCCUGUAACCUGCAAAAAAACUGUAAUUUUAGCAAUAUUUUUGUCCAAAAUCUUGGACAGAAGUGGACAAAGUGUUUCCCUUCAACAGUAUAAUUUUCAACAUAAAAGGAAACAGCUAUUGUAAUCAUCUUUCAUCACCUUUCCAUCGACACCACUCGAUAAAACCAAACUCAACCUGGACAUUAAAAUUUGGGUCAAGUACAAGCAACACUUUCUGUUUUACUUUCAAUUGAGAGAAACCAAAAUAACGGGAUAAAAAGUGAACAAGCAACCCAACAAUGGAUGAUGUUUGGUUACGUUUCUUGACACACGCCAUCGAAAAAUACCUCUUUUUAUCAUCAUCAUCAUCAUUUUAAUACGCAUCAUUUGGUAUCAUCUGCCGUUUUAAUCAUUACCAUCAUUAUUAUGACUUUUUGAAUAUCUACAUAAUAAAUGUUUAAGGUUAAAAAGGCCCAACACUGCUAUUGACAGGUUAAAAAGAUGGACAAGUUGGAUUUAAUGGAAAAUAAAAGAUUAACUCGAUAAUUGCUUGAAUUAUCAUCAUAAACAAUCUCAAGUCUUGCAUUAUUAUCACCUUGGGUUGGAUUGCAUAUUAAAAUAUAUUCUGGAAGACGAUGGCAAAGGUAAAGAUGGCGCUUCUCCGUUUGAAAACACAGGUAAACAUGUUGUUCUAUAUCCAAUCAGGUAACAUUUGGAGUACAAAAGGCGUCUCUAAAAACUCUCUCUUCUUACCUAUGUUUAUUUGUUUCUAGUUUUUGAAUAUUGCUUGGCUUUUGGAUGCAAACUUAACUUCAAUCUACAAGUUGACCUUUUUUUACUUUCCUUUGUAUCUUUGGUUUAGACUCGUUUCUCAACUUUACUUUAUUUUUACCCAUUUUUUUACUCCUUGUGCGUAUCCAUCAUUAUUUUUGAAUGUCUCUGGCAUUGGCACCAUUAUUCAACACCAAUAUGGAGAUGAAUAAACAUUAUUGGCUCAAAAUGGAAGAUGAAACCAGUACAUCGUCGAUUUUCUCAACGUCUACAGAGUUUUCAACCACUUCAACGCAAUUAACAUCAUCUGAAUACUCAUCAUCCACCCAAGUAUCUACAAUCUCAACAACAACGUCCAAUUCAUCACCAAUUAAAGGUGAAAACGAAAGCUUAUUAUCAAAAUUGAGUAAAUCGCAUAAAAGCAAACAAUUACCAUCGACAACUACUAAGAAGCGACGAAUGGCCGCAAAUGCUCGAGAACGAAAGCGAAUGAAGAGUCUUAAUGUGGCCUUUGAUAUGUUACGGAAUAAAGUCCCAAAGCUUCCCGAUGCUAAAAGACAAUUGUCCAAAUAUGAAACUCUUCAAAUGGCACAAACUUAUAUCGCAUUGCUCAAUGAAAUGUUGGUUUCCGAUUCAAUACCUGGAAGAGCCUUAACACCAGCUUCAACUUGUGUAUAAAAAGUUGAUAUUUUACGUAAUUUUUAUCUUUUUUUAAAUAUUUUUAUAUUGUAAUAUUAAAUAUUGUAUAUGUAAUCAAAGUUAUGUAAAUAAUUCAAUAAAUUAUCACAAUAUAUAAC